AUGACUCAUUUGCCUUUCAGGGAUGCGGUUCGCUCAUUAAAUUUCCAAAAAUUGGCUGUUGAUCUUGGAAAUACUGAAGUAGCCAAGUUAUCAUUAGCCAGUCCAGUAUCACAAGUUUUCAAGUAUGAAACGCAAGCUGAAAAUGCUCUUAAUAGCCUUAAGGCAUUUAAAAGAUAUCAACACCAUGAAAUAUUUAGUAAUCCAGUUUCUUUAGUCAGUGAAAAUACCGUUAACAUUCGUGAAAAGUUUAUAACAAAUUUGGAUAAACCUUCAAAAGAUAAUAGACUUUGUUUAUUGGGAGAAAGAUUUUCAGGAAAAUCAACAUUAGUUGCUCAAGCCAAUGCAUUAGCGUUAUCCAAAUAUAAAAACGAUGCUGUUCUUCUAUACAUUCCUGACCCUGAAAACAUUGUCAAUGGUACCAGUGAUUAUAUUUUUAAUAAAAAAUUAGAUAAGUACCAACAAACAAUGUUUACUAAAAGAUGGAUUAUAAAACUACGUGAAGCCAAUGCCGAAGUGUUUAAGAAGAUGCCUUUAUCAAGAGAUGCUAAGUUUGUUACUAAAAAGACGGAAUAUAAUUUAAAAAAGGAUGUUGAUACCGUUUAUGAUUAUAUAUCAAAAGAUUUUAAUUUCGGUAAACCAGCUUCGUUAAACUCUUUCCAAUUCUUCAUUGAAGAAUUAAUACAUCAUUCAUCAAACUUCCCUGUUUUGGUUUCAAUUGAUAAUAUUAAUGCAUUAACUAGUAGAAGUUUAACAAGAUAUUUCCAUCCUAAUUUCAAUCCAAUUCAUUUGAACGAAUUUGAAAUGGGUCAUUUUAUCACUCAAGUUAUCAGUGGGGAAAUCAAUUUUGCUAAAGGUGGUGUUUUAUUAGCUGAAACUUCUGGUUCCGCUGAAACUAAAACUUUACCAGUUGGUUUGGGUUUAAUUGAACACGAUCCUUAUUGGAAAUCUAAAGUUUGUGAUAUCAGAAUUGCUAAUGCUUUCUUAGCUAAUGGUGGAGUUAAAAAUUAUCAAGUUGCUGAAUUCACUCAAGAUGAAACUAGAAAUUUAUUGGAAUUUUAUGAUAAAGCAGGUGCUUUACAAAUUAGACCAUAUCCAACUAAUGAUAAACUUAAGAGUGCACAGGAAAUCAUUCAAGAAAGAACAGAUAUGAGAAACCAUAUUGCACCAAAAAUUGAUCGUGAUGCUGAAUUUGAUAGAAUUGUUCGUAAUGCCUUCACUGUGUCUAGUGGUAGACCAGGAUAUAUUGUUCAAGAUGUCAAAUUAUCCUAUUAG